GUAGCUAUUGCAUCAUAUCGUUACGCUAUCGUCUUAAUUACCUGCAAAUUAACCCGGGAUGGCGUCCCUCCUGCUGCUUCUUUUCUGCCUCUUCAUUGUGGGCAAUAAUGCGCAGGAUAGCGUUAUCCCCGCCAAGAAUUUCCAGCCCUACGUACCCAAGGACAACAUCCUCGUCGACUGCGGCGCCACCUCCGCCACCACGCUCCCCGGCGACCGCGUGUUCCAGCCCGACGCCAAAUUCUUGUCUUAUGAAGGUAUAGAAGCGGUGGCUUCCAUGCCGUCGGGUGAUGAUAAAAAGGAUUUGGAUGCCAUUUAUCUGAACGCCAAGAUUUUUGAGAGCGACGCAACCUAUACGUUCCCCGUCGCCCAGCCCGGCUGGCACUGGAUCCGCCUCCACUUCCUGCCGUUGGAAACCCCGGGCUAUGACCUCACGGCCGUGACGUUCUCCGUCGAGACGGAUUCCUUAGUCCUCCUCCAAGGUUUCCAGGCGGAGAAUAUCACCGCUCCCAUCGUCAAGGAGUUUCUCAUCAACGUAACCACGGACCAUAUCCCGUUGUUCUUCAGGCCCGUCAGCACCGCCGCCUUCAUCAACGCCAUAGAGUUCGUCUCCGCCCCUAGUAGACUCAUCGGCAAUUCCGCCGCCACUCUGUUCCCCGUUUCCGCACAAUUCGACCUCUCCUCUACCCACCUCGAGACCUUGUAUCGGCUAAACGUCGGAGGCCGGCUCGUGGAGCCGCAGGUUGACAGCCUUGGGAGAACAUGGAAGCCUGAUACGCCGUUUCUGGAUCCCCGCCAAAUGGGGAAGCCCGUUACCGUUUCCACCUCGGUCAUCAACUACCCCAAAGGAGGAGCGCUCACCCCUUCCAUCGCUCCUCCGAUUGUUUACGCUUCCGCUGUACAAUUGGCGGACUCUGAAACCAUUCAACCUGAUUUCAACAUUACUUGGAAGUUGCCGAUCGACGUUGAGUAUACCCAUCUCGUUCGUCUCCAUUUCGCAGAUAUCGUCAGCAAAGGGCUAAACCAGCUCUAUUUCAACGUCUACAUCAAUGAUAAAAUGGCGAUUUCUGCGCUGGACUUGUCAUCCAUGGUGCUUAGAUUGAACACGGCUUACUACAAGGACUUCGUGGUUAAUUCCUCCAUGAUUUCGAGUCCGCUCCUGGUUAAAAUUGCUCCGGUGGAAGAUGCUCAUGGGAUUAAAAACGCGAUCUUGAACGGGCUUGAGAUUUUCAGGAUGAAUAAUUCCGUUGGUAGCCUGAACGGGGAAUACGGCGUUGAUGGGUCGAGGGCGCAUGCUGGGCUCGUCAGCCGGAACACGGUGGCCGCGGUCGGGUUUAUCAUGAUGUUUGGUGCGUUUAUCGGGCUGGGAGCCAUGGCUAUGAAGUGGCAAAAGAGGCCCCAAGAUUGGCAAAAGAGUAAGAGCUUCUCGUCAUGGCUGCUUCCCAUCCAUGCGGGAGAUACAAGCCCUAACAGCAAGAACUGGUUGGGAAAGAGCCAAUCGAUCUUCUCAUCACGAGCAGGGCUGGGCUGGUACUUCUCCUUAGCGGAAUUGCAGGAGGCCACCAAGAAUUGGGAGCCUAGUCAAAUCAUCGGAGUGGGAGGAUUCGGAAACGUCUACGUGGGAGUAAUAAACGACGGAACAAAAGUAGCUGUAAAACGUGGGAAUCCACAAUCCGAACAAGGCAUUCAUGAAUUCCAUACCGAAAUUCAAAUGUUGUCCAAGCUCAGACACCGCCAUUUGGUGUCUCUGAUUGGAUAUUGCGACGAAAACUCGGAGAUGAUCUUGGUUUACGAGUACAUGUCCAAUGGACCCUUAAGAGACCAUCUUUACGGCAAGGACUUGAACUCUCUUUCGUGGAAACAACGCCUGGAAAUAUGCAUCGGAGCCGCCCGCGGGCUCCACUAUCUCCACACCGGCUCGGCCCGGGGAAUCAUCCACCGCGAUGUAAAGAGCACUAACAUCUUAUUAGACGAAAACUUCAUCGCCAAAAUGGCGGAUUUCGGGCUGUCUAAAGACGCGCCCACCACGGAGCAAACGCACGUUAGCACGGCCGUGAAGGGGAGUUUCGGGUAUUUAGAUCCUGAAUAUUUCCGAAAACAGCAACUCACCGACAAAUCCGAUGUUUACUCGUUCGGCGUCGUACUCCUCGAAGUCCUGUGCGCCCGUCCCGCCAUCAACCCGCAGUUACCGCGGGAGCAAGUGAAUUUGGCCGAGUGGGCAUUGCAAUGGAAACAGAAGGGAUUACUCGACAAAAUCAUUGAUCCAACGUUGGUGGGUCGCAUAAACCCCGAAUCCAUGAAGAAAUUCGCCGAAGCCGCCGAGAAAUGCCUCGAGGAAUACGGCGUUGAUAGGCCGACAAUGGGCGAUGUCCUCUGGAACCUGGAACAUGCUUUGCAGCUACAAGAAGCCUCAGACUCUUUACAGGGUGAGACGACGACCGACAAAGCAGUAUCUUCUCCGCCGCCGCCCUCCGCCGCGGCGAUAGCGCCGCCUCUUCCUCAUGCUUCAGUACCCGCCGGCACCCACCCCAUUAAUCCUUUGCCCUCCCCCGCUCAAGAUGAAGACGCCUUUAAUGAUCUCUCAAAAACUGCAAUGUUUGCUCAAUUUAAUUCUCUCAAUGGACGAUAAUAUAUUUGACAGAUUACAUAUAUAUAAUGUCACAACAGCAUAUAUAUAUAUAUAUAGUCCACACCACCUUCAUUAUUUCCCAUGCAUGCAGAAACAUUUAUGCAUUAUCUAUACCUCCCAUCCGGGCUAAUUUGUAUCAAUAAUCUGUUGUGCAUU